AUGAACGUAUCGGCUGUUGCACGGAAUGUUACUUUCCAGGAUGUUUGUGUUAUGAAAGAUGUGAGAAUUAUUUUAAAACCAAAAAUAAAUAAAUUCAUAGUUUGAUCUUUUCUGGGGGGUCAAAGAUUCAUGAGAAAAUGAUAUUUUUUGAUGAUUGAAUUUCAUUUGAGGACUUUUGAAGGGCAUUAAUUUAAAAACGAAAAAAAAUAGAGAAAGAGUGCGAAAAUUUUCAGAAUUUGAUGGAUGUGAUACCAAUUCGACUUUUACUUUUCGUCCUUUAUGUAUCAGUCUUCAUCGUCGCCGUUUCUGGAAACUUUCUUGUCGUUUACGUUGUGAUGACUAACAAGAAAAUGCAAACUGUCACCAAUAUUUUCAUCACAAACUUGGCUGUUUCAGAUAUACUUGUGAACUUCACGUAAGUAUAUUUAUUUCAUUUUUCAGACAUAGAUUUCAUAGAAAAACGUUCAGGUCUCUCUGGCUUACACCAAUGUAUUUAUAUAUUGGUCAUUGGGUUUUCGGGGGUGGUCUUUGUCACGGUCUUCCAUUGUUCCAGGGUGAGCAGUUUUUCAAGUGCCUUGUUUUUCUAUAAAUUUUUCUUGUUGCAUGAAUUGCAAAAAGUUGUAUUGUAGGGACCAGUAUUUUCAUCUCAACGUGGACCUUGACUUCAAUUGCCAUCGAUCGAUAUAUUGUGAUUGUUCACAAUUCAAGCAAUAUCAAUAUAAAUGAUCGAAUGUCAAUGAAAGUGAGUUUGAGAAUAGAUUAGAAAAAAUUUAAGCCCUAAUUUCAGACCUGUCUCGUGAUUAUUGUGUUGAUUUGGACGGUCUCAUUGCUCUUGGUUAUACCAUACGCGGUGAAUAUGAAACUGAAUUUCAUAAGUGCGCCGUGCAAUUUUAUGGUUUGCGGAGAGGAAUGGAGCAGUCAAAGUUUCCGGAAAACAUUUGGUGUAAUCGUAAUGAGUCUUCAAGUAGGCAAAAACCCCAGGAAUCCCAAAAAACGAAUUUUUUACAGUUCAUUUUCCCGUUCAUAUUAAUUGGCAUCAGUUAUUCUUGCAUUUGGUUUUUCUUAUAUAAACGACAAAGAAUGACAGAGCGAAAAAAUGAGACAGCUAGAAAAAAACGAUUGUUGAGAAUGUUAAUUAUUAUGGUGGUCAUUUUUGCGGUUUGCUGGUUCCCAUUUAAUUUGUUGUGAGUUUUCUCAAAACAAUUUUUUUCUAGAUUUUGUUAAAUUUUCCAAUUACAGGAACAUAUUGCGAGAUCUUAAAUGGGAUUCAUUCAUUAAACAAUACUUCAAUUCAUUAUUUUUGAUAGCUCAUUUGAUUAGUAUGACGGCUACUUGCUGGAAUCCUAUUCUAUAUGCAUGGAUGAAUGAAUCAUUCAGGUAAGAUAAAAGGCUUAGAUUUCCACCAAAAUAUUUACUUGCUUUCAGAGAGGAAUUUGCAAAAGCUGUUCCAUUUUUGAGAAAAGCUGAAGCUUCAUCUGGAAGAGUUCGAGUGGUUUCAGAAAGGGAUACAACAUUUACAACUGUUAAACAGGGAAAUAAUAACAAUGUUUUGAAAGAUAACGGUGAGUUUGAUAUAAAAAUUUUAAUUAAAAUGAAUUUUAAAAUGGAAUUUUUUAGAACGUAAACCAUCAAUAAAACGAGAAGAGACCACUGGAUUGGUUGGAGAUCAAAAACGGAGUAUAGUCAUGUUAGAAGAACAAGAAAACUCAUCUAGUUGUCAAUCAUUAUUGUUGUGA